ACCAAUUCGCGGAAGCGAUCAAAACCGGCCCUCAAACUAACUCCAAUCGACGAGAAUGGACAGCGGCGGCGGCGGCGGCGGCGGCGGCGGCGGCGGCGGCGACGGCGACCCACAAGUGGGCCCAUCGGCAACCCCUCAGCGUGGCAGAACAACAUCGUGCGGCGAUGGGUCUCCGAUCGACGAGAAAAGAAGAAGGACGGAGAGCGGCGCCGUCGCAUCGUCGACAGCUCCUCCACGGAGCAGGGUGGUGUACGGCCCCGACGGGUUUCCCGCGGACGGUGUAACACGUGCCGUCCUCCUCCCCGACUGCAAGCAUAGCGAUGGAUCCAUCUACACGGUCGAUUACUGGAGUAAAGUGUAUCGUCUCGGUGAUACCAGAGAGACUUGUUUGGAGCCAAUGAUGAUGACAGACACAUGGACCUCCUGCUCUCCGGACUGGGGGAAUUGUGAAAGGCAUGAUAGUUGCACCAUGAUGCAGAUAUCCUCGCUGAAGCUACCUUACACUUCUGCUUCUAUCAGUGGCCCAGUUCAGUUGUAUGGGUACAUGGCUGUCCGGGAUCUUUUGAACCCUUACCGAAACUACAUCUUCAACCGCAGCAGGGAUGAUCCUUUCAUUGUGGAACAGGAGGAUGGGUUUAUACAAAUGACUGGCCCUAAGAGAGGAAUCAGAAAUGAUGGUUAUGUGCUGCUUGAGUUCGACAUGAAGAUCAAGACUGGAGAUGAAGAAAGUGAUGAUUUACAGCUCAUCGAUGGUGUUGCCUACUUCAACAACCUAACCAUAAUGAAUGCUACUGAGCACAAGCAGCGGAUCGAUGGUGAUCACGGUGCGGUGGACAUAACUCUCUCGCUCCUGCGCUCUGCGGUGGAGGCCACGGUACAGGUCGGGAUAUCAGAUUUAGAGCAUGGCAGCGGCUUAAGCCUGCGUCUAACAGCGUCAUAUAUCAGCUCACAUUUUGUUCUGCGUGAACGAAUCCAGCUGUUCGAUGGUGUUGUUGAUCCCGAGACGUGUGAGCAGAACAAGUACGUGGUUGCUGUGCCAUGGAAGGUUAUUCUCAGUCUUAAGUUGCAGAUCAGUCAAAUUGGUGGCUCCCACCGUUCUGUUGAGGAAUUCUGUCUCUGCUCCCCUCGCAAGCAUGGGCAUGAGAACCUUACGUUCGAGCUUGGUUUCGCCACUGUAAAGGUGAAGGUGACUUGGUCGACUUUGGACAUACCGCGCAGCCUUCUCGGACCGGAUUGCUACAUGUAUGACUUUGAGGCUGCUGAGGAUCUUGGCUUAUUGAACCUUAUGGGGUUAGAAGAAGCAAACUGAUUCUGUAGAGAUGAAAGUGCGAUGUCCAGUUUCCUCGGACCAACUUGCUACAAGUGAUCAGCUGCUGAGAUUGCCACCAAAAUAAACUUGAUAAGUGUCCUAGCUAAUUCUUCUUGUACUCUGAGUAUAUGUAAAGAUUAUCUGUUGUGCACUUAAGUGAUCUAUGUGGUUCUGCUGUGGUUUUCUUGUACUCUCAGUUUAAUAAGUAAAAAUAUCUGUUGCGCACUUAA